AUGCUUCCACAAGCCUCAAUAUCUGACAAAAAGCAGACAUCAGGAACAUCCAGUAUCGGCGACCACCCCAUUAGCAAGACCUACAUCGAGACCCGCGAGCUCCUCGACACCGACGGUGUAUACGAAUACCAGAAGGUUCGCGAGUCCAAGGAGGCGUACAAACAGCGCACAACCGAUCUGGCCGUCUUCAACACUGGUAUCGAGCUCGACAUCAAGACAACCAUAAUCAUGGCUCCUACGAUCUUCGGCCUCGGCACCGGCCCCGUCAACCAGCUCUCCAUCCAAAUCCCAGCGCUUGUGAGACAAUCAAUGGAGUACGACCAGGCGGUUGUCAUUAGCGACGGGGCUGGGGGGUGGGAUCAUGUGCACAUUGCAGAUCUGGCAGAGCUGUUUGAGAUCGUUUUAGUCGCGGUUCUCAAAGGGGACGAAGAUGUGCCCUAUGGAGCAACUGGCUUGCUAUUUGCGGAGACUGGCCGACACACGUGGAUGGAGAUCUCGCAGGGCAUUGCAUCGGCGGGUCAGGAGCUGAGAGCUCUUACCACCGAUGGAGUUCGUAGUGUUUCGUUGGAGGAAGCGACAUCGUGGUCUGCGAAUGGGAGCCAGCAGGUUCGCGAGUUGGGAUUUGCGUCUAAGUAA